AUGUACCAGUUCUGUCCUUUCUGUAGGACGCUUCUCCUUAUCAACAGGAUGAACGGCACGACCUCGUUCUGCUGUCGCACAUGUUCGUAUUCUGAAUCAGUUGGCCGUAUUCACGAACGAAUAGUGUUUGACAAGGAAAUUAAGGAAAGAAUCGUGUGGAAAGAGGAUGUAAUGCGUAGCAUGGCCAAAUGUGAGAAAAUAUGUGAGAAAUGCGGAUAUAAUACCGCUACUUUCUAUGAAAUGCAAACACGCAGCGCAGAUGAGCCCAUGACCAUUUUCUAUCAAUGUCUGCAAUGCAAAAAUACGUGGAAGGAGUAGAAAUGCUCCCACACGCAGGUUCAACCCAAUAAAAUAUAACAAUAAAGAUGUUUGCAC